AUGUUUUCUUCCGUGCUUCGUUCCGCCGUCAGAGCUAAUGUCCCUCGCUCGGUCGCCAGAACCGUCAGACCUUCCGUCUCCAUGAGCCCCAUCAAGAUGACCUCUGUGAGAAUGUACUCUGAGCACCACGAAGAGACCUUUGAGGAGUUCACCGCCAGAUACGAAAAGGAGUUCGAGGAGGCUUACGACUUGUUCGAGGUCCAGAGAGUGUUGAACAACUCUUUCUCAUACGAUUUGGUUCCAGCCCCCUCUGUGAUCCAAAAGGCUCUUGAGGCUUGCAGAAGAGUCAACGACUACCCCACCGCCGUCAGAACCUUUGAGGCUUUGAAGCACAAGGUCGAGAACAAGGAGCAGUACCAGGCUUACUUGGAUGAGUUGAAGGAGACCAGACAGGAGUUGGGCAUUGAUUUGAAGGAGGAGUUGUACGCCGACGAGGCUUAA